AUGGAAACACAGGCCACAUUAAAAACUAAAUUAGAUAAAUGUCUUCAAAUAAUUAGAAAAUAUGACUGGCUAAUAGACUCCUAUAUUCUGGAUUUCUAUGUCGAUGAUCAUUGGGGAAAAUUACCAAAAGCAUGGCGUACAUAUUUUGAGGACCUACCACCGGAAGAGUUAUGCUAUCUCCUAAAUACCGAUAGUACAAAAUCCACCACAACGAGUAGGGUUUGGCCACUAUCCAUAUUGGCCUUAAAGCAAGCAUUUAAAGAGCUAUGCAUAGAUCGAAAGCAGAAGUGUAGGGAAUCACUGCCCCGAAGUACUCUCCUGGAUCAUCCCAAACUCAAACACAUAUUCAUUAAGGGUGUUAAACCCAAGAAACGCCAUGAACUAGAAUCUAUGGCCUCGCUGUGCAAACAUAUAUGCCAAGAAAAUCCCGUCGAUUUUGUUGUAGACUUUGGUGCCGGUUUGGGACAUUUGGCAAGAAAUUUAGGUUACGCUUUCAAUAUUAAAGUAUGCUGUUUGGAAAUGCAAACCAAGCUAAAUGCACAAGCCUAUGAAAUGGAUGAUAAUAUGGAGAAAUUAAAACGCAAAUAUGUUCCCGAUAUACCCAGUCAAAAACCCGAACAUGUUGAUCUCCGUCUAACAGCAGAUAUGAGUUCGGAAGAAUUUCUCCAUACCAUAGAGAAAAAUAUGAAGUUGGAAAAUGAUAAAAACUACACCUUUGGUAUUAUCGGUCUACAUCCAUGUGGUGAUUUGGGUGCAAUACUGAUGCGUAUGUUUCUAAAAUGUCGACAAGCGAAAUUUCUAAAUUUUGUCGGUUGUUGUUAUAUGAAAUUAACAAGUUCGGAAUGUUGCAAUGGUGGAGAUUAUGGCUACCCGCUAAGUAAUUAUUUACGUGCGAAUAAUUCACGUUCAAAGUUAAGUUAUGAAGCCCGAGAAAUAUCCUGUCAUGCCAUUGAAUUAUAUCAUGAACGUUUGUCGUUGAAAGAUUAUGAGUACCUGAAAGUCCAUUCGUUUAGAGCGGCAACGGAACGAAUUAUUAUUAAACACUAUCCUGAGCUGAGGCAUACACGUUUGAGUAGUGUCAAGCAUGUUCCGGAUAUGCAGUUUGCGGAUUAUUUCUAUAAAGCAGUCAAAGAUUUACCCUGUGCCACAAUACCACUGUGCGACCUGAAUACUAGCAUAACUCAAACGGAUCUAUUAAAUUGGAAAAAUAUUGUGAUAUUUUAUACAUUGCGUUUAUUUUUUGCCCCGCUCAUUGAAAGUGUUAUACUCUAUGAUCGUAUGCUGUUUCUAAUGGAAAAUGAUUGUCAAGUACAAAUAAAUGCAAUAUUUGAUCCGCGGCUUUCACCAAGGAAUCACAUUACAACGGCGCUGAAAAACAGAUGACAUCAA